AUGUCGGUCAUAACAGCAGACCCAAAUUCCGUCAUAGCUGAGCCUUGCUAUUCGAGCGCACCUCUAGUAGCCACAACCACUGUCGCCCCAGAAGCCACAACCACUGUCGCCCCAGAAGCCACAACCACUGUCGCCUCAGAAGCCAUCACCACCAUCGCUCCUGGUGUAGCAACUGCAAGCCUGACGUCAUCAGCAACAACAAUACAACUGGAAACUAGCUCUGUCACAAUAUUGGGCACACAACAAACUUCGUCAACAGCCACCCCACAACUAAGUAAUACUAUCACGACAGUGGAUUUAACUACUGCCGCUCUCAGUACAGAAUCCCUCACCAACGUGUACACAGGAACGCCCACCAGUUCCUGCUACCACUGUUUCUGUAACAGUAACAAGAUGACAUCAAUGUCUCCAGAAGAGUUACAAUCCCAGAUAGAAACUCUCAAAAAGGAGCUGACAGUCGAGAAAAAGGACUUGUCGUCAUGGAAACGAAAACUUAUUAGCAUACCAGAUGAAAGGGUUUCAGCAAAGGGGCUAGGCUACUUAGGCGCAGGAAUGCUGGCAGUAGUGUUUGGAGCGGUUGUAAUCAUAGACCUUCCCAGGUUUCUGAACGGAUUGAAGAUAUUUUACCACACAAUGUGUAGCCACAAGAAGGUUAGCGACGUCGAAUGAUUCACCAAAUAUCUAGUAUAUUAGUCUCGUACGUGAUAUACACCAUUCGAACGCGCUGUGACAAAUCUUUUUUUUUAGUUUAUAUGUUGAGCGAAUCACUUCCGUCCAAACAAUUGUGAUAAGACUAAGGGAGAGAGACUAGAUGUCAUCGUCUUUUUGUAUUAUUAUCUGUACAGCAAGGAAAAGGGCAAAUAAUUUUGAAACAAUCAAAAGAGUUCGGUACAUACGAAUCUACACACUAGUACUGAAAAACUGAGUUUGACAUUUUUUGUUAAGUAUUGUUAUUAUAUGAUCAUGAUACAAGUAUAUGUUGCUUUGACUGACAUUCAUUCUACUUCUAAUUAAAACGGUAGAACACAAUCUACAGCUAACACAGGUUGUGACUUUUAUCGCUGAUGUUUGAAAGAUAUCAUAAUACAAAUGGAUGGCGGGAAGGGGUUGCUUUUCUGCUCAAACGCGAAACUGUUUGAUAACUCGGCGGGUGCAAUGAUAUUAUAGAUUAAACUACAACCAUGUGACUGAUCAAAGUAUAAUAUUGUGACUAGUGAUUGUACUUUGGAAAUGUGAUAAUUUCUUGCUAUAACUUCUUGGGAUGUAAAGUGUUAAGGACAGAGGUAGUGUAUGGGAAGUGAUUAUAACUAGUCUGGGUAAGUGUUGACUGCAGUCAUAAUUUGGAGAAUUAUAAACCCAAACUAUCAAGAGUUUAGAGAGGUGGAAAUAUCAACUAUGAAAAGUCUGGAUAAGUCGAGAUCUCAGCUAAAAAAUGUCGGAAUAAGACGAGAUCUCAACUAUAUAUAGUUUGGAUAAGUCGAGAUCUCAGCCAUAAAUAGUUCGGAUAAGUCGAGAUCUCAGCUAUAAAUAGUUCGGAUAAGUCGAGAUCUCGGCUAUAAAUAGUUUGGAUAAGUCGAGAUCUCAGCUAUAAACAGUUUGGAAAAGUAAAGAUCUCAUCUAUAAAUAGUUUUGAGAAGUGGAGAAUUCCGCUAUAAAUAGUUUGGAUGAAUGGAGAUCUCAGCUAUAAACAGUUUGGAGGAGGGAUAUCUCAGCUAUAAAUAGUUUGAAAGAGUGGAGAACUUAGCUAUAACAAGUUUGGAAAAAUGGAGAACUCCACUAUUAAUAGUUUGGAGAAGAUGAGAACUCAGCUAUAAAUAGUCUCAAAGAGCGAAUAACUCAUGAUCAUCUAUAAAUAGUUUCGAAGAGCGGAGAACUCAUGAUUAUCUAUAAAUAGUUUCGAAGAGCGGAGAACUCAUGAUCAGCUAUAAAUAGUUUCGAAGAGCAGAUAACUCAUGAUCAGCUAUAAAAAGUUUCGAGGAGUGAUGAUCUAAGGCACGUUGCACAUGCCAAUCAGGUGGGAGAAGAUUGAAAGGUCAAUUAAGUAAGAAAUAAAAGUUAAGGUUUUAGCUGUCGUGUUUUAAAUUAUAUUACUGUACUUGUAAUACCUGUAGAAAUUAUUAUAUAUUUUUCAUGUCGAGUAGAAAUGGACAGUUUAUAUUCACAUUGGUUAUAUUUACCGCCAUAUCUGUAGGUAAUGGUUGAUAAUACACCAAUAUACUUUUUUAAAUAAAUUUUUAGAGAACGAUACGGCAACUUUUAUAUAUUUGUUGAAAAUACUGCAAUGAUUGUACUUGUAUGUACAUGUACAUACCAUGUAAUCUGUGAUAAAUACUGCAAUAAAUGUAUGUAAUUAGUGACAUAAAAAAUAAUAUAAUAUAAUUAGUGGUGAAAAUUGCAACGCAUGUUUUAGUAUGUCAUUGUAUCUGUAUGUAAUUAUUGAUACAGUAAUAUGUGUAUGCAAUUAGUGAGAAAUAUAGAAAUAUUUACAUAUAAUUGAUGGUUAAUACCAUAAUAACACUAUGUAAUUACUGAUAUAUAUAUACAAUAAUCCAUGUAUUUAAUUGGUGAUACAAUGUAGCUACAACAAUACCAGUUUGUUAUUACUGAUACAUGUAUAUACAAUAAUCCCUGUAUUUAAUUGGUGAUACAAUUUAGCUACAACAAUACCAGUUUGAUAUUACUGAUACAUGUAUAUACAAUAAUCCCUGUAUUUAAUUGGUGAUACAAUGUAGCUACAACAAUACCGGUUUGUUAUUACUGAUAGAUGUAUAUACAAUAAUCCCUGUAUAUGAUUGGUGAUACAAUGUAGCUACAACAAUACCAGUUUGUUAUUACUGAUAGAUGUAUAUACAAUAAUCCCUGUAUAUAAUUGGUGAUAGAUAUAGUAAUACCCCUAUGUUGUUUAUGAUAAACUGUCUUUCAUAGGUGGUACAUUCAGGAACAUCUGUACGUUACAGGUAGUAAAUACAACACAACAUGUUUGUAAUUAGUGGUAAUCACAGCAGUACCUGUAUGUAUCCAGUGGUAUAUAUCGGAGUACCUGUGGGUAAUUGUAAUAGUUACAUAUUCACCAUAUAACUGUAAUAACAGUUCAUUAAUUGUAAGGUACGCUAUUGUAGCGUGUGAUUGUCAAUAGUACAAUACAACAAUGUAUUGUUUUGUAUUGUAUUACAUUGUACAGUCAAUAAUUGAUCCAACAGAAAUGUCAUCAAAAACAUCCCUUUGUACAUAAAUGUGUUAAGAUCCGGCGGCUUAUAUAUGCUAUUGCUUUUAAAAAUAUGUCUUCACUAUCAGCUAUGCUCUGAGGUCGAUGAAAGUAGCGUUUAUGAAGCAGUUUCAUAAUUAUGUAUUUGUAUUUCUAUUCACGCAUUCGAUAUUUAACUUAUACCAUUAAUCUCAUCUAACGUUCAAUCCAUGUACCUAUCGUAAACCGCCUCAGUCUUAAAUGAUUACUAAGCCGAUUUAUCUUCGGAAACAACGACUUCAAAAGUGUCCUUUUUAUCUGGUCGUUAGUGUUGAAUUCAAUAUUGAUGCAUAAAAAAACAACGGUGUGUCGGUUACGACAUACCUCAGUGUUGUUACACCAGGGUGUCGGUUACAACAUACCUCAGUGUUGAUACACUAAGGUGUCGGUUACGACAAACUUCAGUGUUGAUACAACGGGGUGUCGGUUACAACAAACUUCAGUGUUGAUACACCAGGGUGUCGGUUACAACAAACUUCAGUGUUGAUACAACGGGGUGUCGGUUACAGUAUACCUCAGUGUUGAUACAACGGGGUGUCGGUUACAACAUACCUCAGUGUUGAUAUACCAGGGUGUCGGUUAAGACAAACUUCAGUGUUGAUACACCAGGGUGUCGGUUACAACAUACCUCAAUGUUGAUACACCAGGGUGUCAGUUACAACAUACCUCAGUGUUGAUACACCAGGGUGUUGGUUACAACAUACCUCAGUGUUGAUAUACCAGGGUGUCGGUUACGACAAACUUCAGUGUUGAUACACCAGGGUGUCGGUUACAACAUACCUCAGUGUUUAUACACUAAGGUGUCGGUUACGACAAACUUCAGUGUUGAUACACCAGGGUGUCGGUUACAACAAACCUCAGUGUUGAUACACCAUGGUGUCGGUUACAACAAACCUCAGUGUUGAUACACCAGGGUGUUGGUUACAACAAACCUCAGUGUUGAUACACCAUGGUGUCGGUUACAACAAACCUCAGUGUUGUUACACCGGGGUUUCGGUUACAACAUACCUCAGUGUUGUUACACCGGGGUUUCGGUUACAACAUACCUCAGUGUUGAUACACCGGGGUUUCGGUUACAACAUACCUCAGUGUUGUUACACCGGGGUUUCGGUUACAACAUACCUCAGUCUUGUUACACCAGGGUGUCGGUUACAACAUACCUCAGUGUUGUUACCCCAGGGUGUCGGUUACAACAUACCUC